UGGUGCGCUGUGUCCCUCGGACACAGCGGAUCACUGAUCAACGUUAAGAGCCAAAGACGUCAGCUCGGUCAUGGGACAUGUACACUGAUCAUCAGGGCACUGAUGAUCUGUGUGCCCUGAUGAUCAGUGUAGCCCCAGCAGUGCCACCUGUCAGUGUCCAUCAAUCGCAGCUGCCAGUGCCCAUCAGUGCCACAUCGAUGCCACAUAUCAGUGCCUACCAGUGCACAUCAAUGCCACAUAUCAGUGCCCAUCUGAGCUGCCUUUCAGUGCCACCUAUCAGAGCCAGUGAGUGCCACCUAUCAAUGCUGCCAAUCAGUGCCGCCUAUCAGUGCGCACCAGUGCCGCCUAUCAGUGCCCGUCAGUGCUGCCUAUCAGUGCCGCUUAUCAGUGCCACCUAACAGUAUCCAGUCAGUGCUGCCUAUCAGUGCCAUAUAUGAGUGCUGCCUUUCAGUACCCAUCAGUG